GCGAAUGCCUUUAAACGUUUCUUAAGUCACGCUGCAAAAAUGUAUAGAAUAUACAAGAUUUGUUUGCAAUCAGUAAUAGUAAUAAUAACAUGCAGUGCAUUGUCACAACUCAUACCUGGACACACAGAACCUUUCAUGGAUCGACCCUGGUCUCCUACACCGAGCAAGACAUUGCGUCAAGGGAAAGGGGGGUUUUGCUGUGCUUGGAAGAAACCAGACUACCACGAUGCUGAUGGUUCAGUCGCUGGUAUAGUGGGUGAGGGUGAUACAGUGGUGGGUUCAAAGGGCGGUUUAAUCCUACUACGUUCCAGAAUCAACACUGCAGAUGUGAACCAUCGCUCGGAGCAAACGGAACCACCUCCAAGAAGGGACUGUGUCUGCUCUAAGAUUUACGAUCCAGUCUGUGCAUCAAAUAACGAGUCAUAUUUCAACUUAUGUUUUUUAGAAUGCAAAGUACCGAGAAGUGAAAAUAUCAGUGUUGUCCACCAAGGAAACUGCAUACCAUUUUAAACUGUCAAACACCAAGCGGUCACCGGUGACCGCAACCUAUUGUUCUAUAAUUGUGUCUACAAAACCGGUACUCGACGAGUUGAAGUUAGACGUAAUUAGGAAUCGGUAAAUUAAAUACAUUGAUUGUGUUUCGUUUUAUUGUUUGAACCUUUG